ACUCCAAAGCUCUCUGUCGUUCACUGUACGGGAGCGCUCGAAGUAAAGUUUACGUAGUUCGGCACUCGAUUAAUGCUAAUGUUUGUGAAUAUUUAAUAAUUAUUUUUGUGUGCAAGUGUACUUUUAAAGUUAAAAAAAUGAAAGUAGUGUGUUUGAUUGUUCCUGUUUUGUUGUUUUGUAUUGUUUAUGCGAAAGAUGGACCAACAUUCGUCGGGCGGGAAUCGAACGUCACAGUCGUGUUGGGCAGAGAUGCAACACUCACUUGUAAAGUGGAGAAUUUACAGAGUUACAAGGUGGCCUGGCUUCGAGUGGACACCCAAACAAUUCUCACGAUAGGUCACCAUGUGAUCACAAAGAACCACAGGGUGGCCGUCUCCAGAAGGGACCAGAGCUGGUCUCUGACGCUACGUGACGUCAGACCUACAGACGGAGGGUACUACAUGUGCCAGAUCAAUACUGAGCCUAUGAUCACACAGACUCAUCAUCUCCACGUUUCAGUGCCACCAGAUAUCGUGGACUCCGACAGCAGUGGUGAGGUCUUAGUUUGGGAAGGAGACAACGUGACUCUUCACUGCGCUGCUUCAGGGACUCCACAACCAGUCAUUUUGUGGAGAAGAGAGGACUCUGCUGCUUUCAACAUUGGGACGGAAUCUGUCACUAAAUGGAACGGACCUUGGCUGAAUCUGACAUCAGUGUCGCGAGACAUGAAUGGCGCUUUCCUCUGCAUAGCUUCGAAUGGAGUACCACCUUCUGUCAGCAAAAGGAUCCUUCUCCACGUACUAUGUAAACCAACGGCUAGGAUUACACAGAAAAUGCUUGGCGUCUACGUGGGCGACACGAUGCAACUGAAGUGCAAGAUCGAAGCGAACCCUACGCCUAAUGUGUACUGGACACAUAUAGACUUUAAUAAACUUUAUAAUGGCUCAAAACACCAAAUGAGUAUAACGUCACAAGGGUACAAGCAUGUAGCUGUACUUCGAGUAAGGAACAUGUCUCGAGAUGACAUCGGUUCCUACUACUGCUAUGCUGAAAACUCUAUGGGGUCCACAAGGGAUGACGUCACUGUUUAUACUUUAGCAACCACCACACCGACAUCAACCGAGCUAACGACUGUUGCAGAAGAUACCACGACGCCGGUGCACUACUAUGCAGAAUUAGAAGUAAAGGACCAUGAUCCUGAUCUCCACUUCCCGGACGAGGAUGGCAUCGUGGUGGUGCUGAGCCAGCAUCAAAUGCAGAACUUGGAUUUCUCACCAAGUUCGUGACCGGAGGACAGUUCCAACCCGUCUUCGAUGUGGUCCACCGCGCCCAACGUAAGGCCUACGGUCGCACUGCCGUUCGUAAUCCUCACGCUAUUGUGCCAAAGUGUAUAGAACAUGGACUGCCUUAGAUAAGUAAGUUAAUGGAACUACGAAAUUGUGUUCAACAAUUUACAUGACAUUUUUUUUGUAAUAUUUAAGAGCUUAUUAGUUGUUAAAAUGUUUGAAAAUUGAUUUAGUUUAUUUGUUUAGUGAAUUUCAAAGUUGGGUAUAAUCGGAGCAGAUAGACCACGACUAUCAACUGUUUUGAUUAAACUCCAUUUAAUUUUUCUUGGCCGUAGCUGACUGUUCUUUUAUAAAAAUUUUGUUCCUAUUAACAUCCAAUCGAGUAAAAAUAACAAAAACCUCUGAACUUCUAUGUGUAACCCAUUCACCGCCUUUUCCGUGUCCCUGCCGCUCAUGUCGUAUUGCUGCGACAGAGAACAUGUAUGAUUUUUUCGUUCUAUUCACGCGAUUUCUCCUCCUUAUCCAUAAUAUAAAAAAUAAGUCGGGUUUCCUCACUGACGCUAUAACUCCAGAACGCACAAACCGAUUUCCACGGUUUUGCAUUCGUUGGAAAGGUCUCGGGCUCCGUGAGAUGUAUACAUAAAGAAAAUUCAGGGAAAAAAACAAGAGAAGCGGGAAAACAGGGAAAAUCAUUGGUGGCGAAACGGGGUUCGCCGGGUUUGCUAGUUUAGUGUAGAUACAAUUUUUUCGAUUUGUAGCUGCGCGAUAGAGGCACGGUAAUUGAUAUUUAAUUGGACGCCUAAAGAGUUAAAGCAGGAAAUAUCAACAAUAAAACAUUUAAUUCUGUAUAAUUUGUAACAAUACCUUUAUGUACCGUAAAGACUAUAAUCGCUUCUCUCGAUUUCGAUAUUUAUUUCAUUUUCAAUGUAAAUAAUUAAAAUAAGUAAAUAGGUAGGUAGGUACUGUUAAAUCAUCGAAACUGUUUAUCGUGUAUUAUAUUACAAUAUUAUACAUAUAAAACGAAUAAGUUAAUUGUUUAUUUUACACCCGAAUACAGAAACGUUACUCAAUGUUAAGUUGUACUUUAAUAUCGUGCUAUCUCUGUCGUUUUAUAAAGAAUUUGUAGAAACAGAACUAUUUUUAAGAGCUUCUCAAAAUCGAGUUGCGUUUGAGUAUUUGAACAUACUUAAGUCAUCCAAUUGAAUUACGUGAAAUAAAUUAAAUAUUUUAUUUUUAAGUAGUUUUUGUAAGGCCUAUGUCACACUUUUGGCAAUGACAAAUGACAAUCAACAAAGCUCUAGUAUACACAUUAUAGCGACUAUGACAAAUGGUUCGUAUAAUCUAGGGCUUAGGUACUUUAGAAACUUGUCAUUUUAUAAUUUUCCAACACUAGAAUUAAGUUGUGUUCUUCUUUAAUUUGACAUUUCACAACCGAUUUCACCGUGGAAACACAAAAAAUAAGAAAAUUAACGAAUUCACUGCCGCACUCAGAGACAUUUAAAAGUUACUUAACCCAAUCCUAAGCAAUUGUUUUCGGUAACAAAAUCGUUACAAAAGAAAUAGUUUAAGUAAUAAUUAAAUGUCUCGGAGUGUGGCAAUAAGUGUUGGUAGAUAAAAUAAAAGUUCAAUAAAAACAUGUAACAUAACAGUUUUCUUUCAAUAUUAUGUUGGCAAACUAUUAUUUCACUUAUAUAUAACUCAAUUAUGUACUAACUACAAGGAUAUUAUGUUUAUCAUACAAUCCAAUA